AUCGGCUCCACCUGGUACGCCAUUGAGGUCUACGUGGAGCGCUCCGCCCUGGUCUUGCACAACGUCUUUGUGGGCACCCAGUAUAAGUUUGGCUGGUCCUGCUGGCUCGGACUGGGCGGCUCCUUGGGGUGCUUCCUGGCUGGGGCCUUCUUAACCUGCUGCGGGCGCCUCCUCCAAGAUGCCAACUCAGAGAAGGACUUUUAUUCCGGGGCUUUACGGAAGGUCUACCUGCCUCCUGCCAUGACCUACUCCUGCCAUCCGUCUGUGCCGACUGCCACGGCCAAGAUGUACGCAAGGGACACCCGGGUGUAAAGACGAGGAGGAAGGGGGCACAAGAGAGGCUCCAAAAGUCUUCAGCAUGAAGGGGCUCCUUCAAAAAAUUGGCUGGCCGUCUUCUCCCUUGGCCACCAGACAAGUUCUUUCACCAGAUAACAGAUGCUCAGAGUUGGAAGGGACCUUGUAGGUCAUCUAGUCCAACCCCCUGCCCAAGCAGAAAACCCUA